UUGUGAGAGUGAGGAAAGCAAAGCAGGGAAUCACAAACAGCACCCACCUUCUCACUGCAUCCCAUUCUGGCCUCUGCAAAAAAGACCACAAUCACCUUUGUCAUUAAGCAACACCGAUCGGAAAAGAAGCAUGAAAAGGCUCACGAUGGAUUUUUGGAGACGGGUUUUUAAGAAGCAGAUGCAUGAGGCGAAGCCAAAUGAUCUCUGGAGGCUGACAAUGGAUCUGAGGCUUGACUUCCACAGCGUGGAACCCGGAUGGACAGAAACAUUUCAGGAGCAUGCUCAUGGAAGAUUUACCUGUUCCGGAUGCCUCCACAGCUGGUCCUCGCACCAAGUUCUUAUCCUGUUCCAUAUACAGUGGGACAGUUCUGAGAGGCAAGGACACGUCAGGAUGAAGCCCUUGGGUCAGCGGUGCCACGAAUGCUCUCUGGACACGUACGAAGAGCCACAGUUCUCCGAGGACGACGUUGCCAACAUCUUGAAGGAGUUGAUCCUCGAUAUCAGGGAGAAUUGCUAUGGGGAGCAGGUUGACCGCAGUGAAGACUUCGAGCAUUUAGUAAUUCCUAUCAUAUACUAG